AUGGUUUUCAGGGGGUGUGCUUCUGAGUGCGCAGUAUUGGGCGUGGUGUCGUCCCGCCCAACGGCAGUCGGACAAGACGAGCUCCCGUCAUUCUUGGCAAGGCACGGCGCCGCGCGGACAUGGCGCCGUUAUUGCGCCCGCCGGCACGCAAGGUGUGGCGGCUUCUGGACGUUGGGCAGUAGGAUGUCUCUGAAGACGCCUACGCCGGGCGUCGGCGAGCGCGAGACAUGGGGCAAGAAGGUGGACUUCCUACUGUCCGUCAUCGGGUUCGCUGUCGACCUCGCCAACGUCUGGCGAUUCCCCUAUCUCUGCUACAAGAAUGGGGGCGGUGAGUAUUUAUAUCAUAAUGUUAAUACAUACUAUCUGUUUCCUAUAAAAUAUGGAUGA